AACAAAAAUAAAUAGUAGUCCAUCGAGAGCAAUUUCACCACAUAGUAUCGGUUCACGUCGAUACAAGAUUCUUUAGAUUCUCUGCGUUCGUAUCAAGUGCCUUGCUAUUCGUAAAUAUUUACCCGUGAACACCGAGCGUUCCAGACUAUUCCAAGUGCUGGCAACAUAAAAUGAGAGCAGAAUAAUUGUGCUGAAUAAUUUCAUAAUGUCGUGUUUCGAAACAUCAUUAACCGGCAACAUAAGUUGCAAUAACGCGGCCCGGGACAUGACCUUGGAAUCCGUAAAUGGCGAGGACGACUGUAAGAACAAGUUCCACAAGGUGUUGGUGGCGCUGUUAAACCGGAACUUCAAGAUCAACAAUGAUGUCUAUCUUGAAAUGAUGCUUUCUCAUCUGUCUGGGAAGUAUAAUUCUGAACACCGAUAACUUUUGAAAUCUCCUGAAGUGUCCCGUUGGCUGGACGAUGCAUUAAAUCAAUGGGAAAGUGAGGUAGUACCAUCAGCAGAUGUGGCCGCUUUCACGUUACAAAUCUUAGCUAUGACUGUCAACGACGAAGCGGUUUUCGUUCAAAUGCAAAGCAAACGAAUGCUGGACCGGCUACAGGAAUGUAUUCGAAAAGAGCCUAAGUUGCUACAUCCUUCAGUUAUGUUAGGCCACGUAAUGGUUCUGAAGGCGGUUUCUCUUCACGCGUCUGGUUUGCACUGGAUCAAAACUUCUGGUUCGUGGAAGAUCUGCUUGGAUUACUACAACGGUCAACUGCAAACGAUAUACAUCACUAAAGAAACAUCGUUAUUCAUUUACGAUGCUUUGGAUCAGUUUGGUUCCAUUGGCGAUUACGAAACGGUUCUGGCAAUCGUUCGGAGCAUACUUUCGCCACUGCUGGAUGCCAUGUGGAAAAGUCCAGUGCAAGAGAAUGCGGUUCUGGUGGACGAUGAAAAGGCCCAGCGCGUUAUGUCAUCGAUGCUAAGUUUAAUGUGCACCUUGUUCCGAAAGAUGCUCGAGAGUGAGAAGCAAUCACGUGCAGCAUACUACAUAUUGAUCACAUUUCACUGCGAGCGCAACCUCUGGGUCUACGCGGAUACCAUUCAUGAUCAUACAUUUUUAGCGAAAAUUUGGGAGACCCACAUAUUGGCUAACAGUACACGCCUUUGCUGUAUGGAUAUUCCUCCAGAAGAUAAGGUGGCAAUCCCGUUGCCAUUUGAAAAAUAUACGAUAAAUUUUUUGAACUAUUUAAAUUUUUCCAUCCAUCGUGGAAAUAUUAGCAAUGUAAUGUUGAUGGCUCAAAUACAUUACCAAGCAUGGCGUCUUUUAGCAGAGCGAGCUCCAGAAGAAGUAGUUCUUAAGCAUCAGAGUAUAAAGUUCGGAGAUCAAAUUCUCUUGCUCCAGCUAUUUCCGGUGCUUAACGAAAUUAUGCGUCUCGUUAAUGACAAUCCGCCGGAUUAUAUCGAAAAGUUCAUCAGCUCGUUGUACGAUAUUUCCUGUGAGUACACAAUCCGCUUGUUGUAUGCUUGCCGAGAUGUUGUGGAAACCAAACACGCCAACGAUGCAACUCAACUGGCUAUCAAAUCGAUUCAGAGUAUCACCUCUCUUCAGACUCUGCCAAGACAACGGGCCAUCAUUGCGUUCCAGGCAUUUAUCUACGUGCUAAAAGAAUUUCUGCCGGAUAUGUGCUACCUCGAAAAUCAGUGCGAUUAUUCCAAAACGAAUGUGAUUCUUUCGAAACCCAAUUUUCUGGCCGCAAUCAUUACUGGAUUGCAUUCGUUGAUUCAAACCUACAAAUUUACUUGGAAUGAAUGUAUCGAAUCGACAACGGUGGUAAAUUUUAUGCUCAACCUGCUAGGGAACCCAAACUUGCCACCGAGGCAUGUGGUUUUGGCCCUAAAACUAACCCAGCUUUCGAUCGAGUAUUUUUUGGCACCGAAUUUGGCUUUGCUGAUGGAUAACCUCAUUGGAUCCGGGCUGGAAUUUAUCGGUCGGAUCAUCUACAAAAGGCUGCACGAUAGCAACUGGGAGGUUCGCGAUUCUUCGCUGGAAUUGCUGACUGCGAUAGUGGAAAUUUCCGAAAUCAAAUUCCCCUCUUUUCAGAAAUUAAUUUUGGAAUGUGAUAUUAUUGCGGUGGUUGAAGCUGCAGCCAAGAACGACACAGAACCGUACGUGCGGGCAUCGGCUUUACGCUGUCUUUCGCACAUGGUACGAAUCCGUUUGCUAUGGGAACACUCGUUGGCGAAACUUAACUUGAUGACCCACCUCAUUACCGUGUUCGACACAGAAAGUGAGGGCAUUGUGCGGCGCGAAGCGGUCAACACCGUACGGGAGAUCUACUCGAACCACAAAAUUCUGCCCCAUUGUCUGGACAGUGUGUUUUCGGUGCUGGCGUUCUCGGCCGUCAAAGACCUGUACUGGGAGGUGCAGAUUAAUGCACUGCAGUUCUGGCGGGUGGUGAUGUGCCGUCAGUUCCAGCACCAGGGAAUGAUCGAUGGUACCUUUCCGACCGUAACUUUCUCGAAGGAACAUAAGAAGAUUAUCACGCUGACUGACAAAGAGAUCCUGUUGCGCCUGAGAAAAGUGUUGAAUGAACUGUCACUGAGAGGCUGUCUGGGAGUACUGUUGGCGUGUCUGCAAGACGACUGUGACUUGGAAGUAGUGAAGGACACGGUGGAGAUAAUACAGCGGUUGAUGUCCUACCUGAACAAGUACAACUUCGUGGAGGAAUACAAGAAUCAGGUGGACCCUGCUACCGGGGAAAGGAAUCUUCGCAAAUUGGUACCGAUAAUUGAUACUAACUAUUCGGUACAUGCCAACUCUAGUGGUGUCCAGAAAACUUCCCAACGGAACGACGCAGACUACAGCAGCGGAAAUGUGCCCUGUCUGAUCAAUUCGGAAGAAAUCAUCGACUCGAUUGUCAAUCUAGACGAUGUUAAUUUACUUUCGAUCAGCUAUAAAAACAGCCUAAAAGUUGCCGGUGAGGUCCCACCGGGAGGAUCUUGCAGUUGCGAAUCGAGCAAGGUGCACGAGGAUUUGUUCAAGAAGUACGCGGAAGUGACGGCCGAUGAUUUCCUCGACCAGGUGUUGCAGCUCGAUUUCGAUGAAUUGAUUAGCUGUCGGCAACGGUGGAUGCAGACGACCGAAAGUUUUUCCUCGCUGUUGGACGACAUUCUGUUUUCGUAUUAUGCAACCAACGUCAACGAUGCCGAUUGUUAUUGAUGCGGGCUCCUAUCGAUGAGAGAUAGGUGCACAAUGUUUUCUUUUCUAUAGUUUAGUUCAUCUCAAAUUCAGCAUAUCUAGAAAUAUAAGGAUAUCUUUGUUUACUGUCUCUUUCGAUUGUUCAAACACCAACUAAAUAACGAAUCGAAAUUGACAGCAUACUGCAAAACACUCGGAUAAAAACAAAAGAACCAUGAACGUAGUUCAUUGACGUUUUGAAACUGAAAAAUGUAGAUUUUUUGUUCAGAUAAGUAGACUUCAUAAUAAAGUUUAGUAAAUAAACUAUAAACAGGCACCAUUGA